AUGAAUAUCGAGCUCAAUGACACAUCUCCUGCAACAGUCGACAAGACAAACUCUUCCAACAACUUUCUAGAUGCACACAAUGAUGUACUCUCUGGAAGUUCUCUCGAUAUCCACCACCAUCCAAAUUCUCCAACUUUUGCUGACCACCAACCAACUUCUCCUUCCUCACCUCCAUCUGGCGUUAAAUACAGAGAAGAUUUCACCAUCGAUAUAGAAGCUGCCAAGCAAUCUGCCUCCAAGUCUACAACCUCCAGAUCAAAGACAGUUUCGUCUUUGAAGAGUAGGGAUUCAGAUAUAAUUUUUACUAUUCAUACAUGUGUGGGAAAGAUUCAAUUAUCCAAAUUGAGAUUAUUUAGUUUGGUUUCCUUGUUCAUUAACUUGGCUUCCUUUGUCAUAUUAGCUGGUCUUAUCAUUGCUGCUUUCGUCCUGCAAGAUCAAUAUAACAAUUUUUGGGAAGGUUUGGACACAGACACAACCUAUUAUAGACAACGAAUGAUUUCUGCUUCGAGAAUGUCAGUUUUUUCAAAUGGUGAUAAGGCAACCACAAAGCUAUACUAUGAUGAGUAUGUGGUCUACAUGUGGAAGUUUAGUAAUAACACUGGGUUGUUCAAGACAGUUGUUCCUGAAUCUGUUAGAAAUGCUGCCUUAAAAGGAAAGACUAAUCCUGAAUUGGAUACAACCAAAGCUGUUUAUCAAGAACAAGGAGCCAUGUUUUUGGCUAUGGCUGGUAAUUAUACUACGGCCAUGUAUUUGUUAAAUUCUGCAACUUACAAGACUUAUUUAGCUGGUUAUGAUUCAGAGUUUCAAAUUAUGGUUGACUAUGUUCAAUCUGCAAAGAAACAAGCUCAGAAUGUUUCUGUGGUCAUGGUUACAGUUUCGUUGGCUGUUAUUUUAUUCUCUCUCGUAUUGGUAGUUCCUGUCAUUAUUUCUUCAUUUGUAGUUUCGAUUAAGAAGGACGAAUCUGUUAAUAGAAAACUAAACCAAGCUAGAACCUUCUUAUUGAUUGAUACCAUGCAACAUGCCAAGAUGAGACAAUUAUUUAGAAAGCAUUGUGAAACAGAGUUGAGUUUGGAAAAUUUCCAACUUUUAGAAAAGAUUACCGAUUACAAAAUGUAUUGUGAAAGAAGUUUCGAAAUUCAAGAAUAUUUAUACGAAAGCAGUGAAAGAAGUGAUACCAUUUCAGAUAUUUCUGCUGAAAAUAAGAAGAAGGGUUAUGCCAAGAAGAAGUUCAAUGAAAAGGAUUUGCUCGAAUGUGAAAAGAAGAAAUACGAAAUUGCAUUCGAAAUUUACUCUGAAUUCUUGGAUGUCAGAGGUGAGAAAUCUGUCAAUUUAAACAAGCAGAUUACUGAAAAGGUCAAGCAACACUUGGAUUUAUUCGCCACUGGUCAGAAUGAACAUUUAAUCGAUUCACUUUUCGAACAAGUCGAAGCCGAAACUUGCAUUGUCAUGUUGGAUUCUCAUCACAGAUUCAAGCAAACCAUCGAAUUCCAAAAACAAGCCAAGAAGGAUAUUAUUACCUCAAAGAAGAAACAUUAAAAUUUUGUACCUAUUGUAUUUUU